AUGAAAAUAAGAGAUAAAAUAUUGAUACAGAAAUACUUUCUAAACAUCUUCAAUGGAAUUUUCUUGGUUCUGGGUCUUGUGCUUUUGCAAUUUGGCUUUUGGCUUUUAUAUGAUAGAAACAAUUUAUUCAGUAUGCUAUUUUCUUCAGGUGAUAAACAGCUAGUAGCAUAUGUUUCUUUUAUGUUCCUUGGAAUUGGAUCUAUCAUAACUUUUAUAUCAGCCAUGGGAUUCCUUGGAAGUGUUAAGGAAAUCAAAUGUCUGCUCGUUACAUUUAUGAGUUUUCAAGUCCUGGUGUUUGGCACCCACUUUGCAGUAUUAGUGCUGACAUUUAUGAAGAAAGAAGAG